ACCAUAACACCAUCAUCACCUCCACAUUCAUUCACACACUCCAAGUGCAACAUUUCUCUUUCCAAAUCAUUCAUGGCUAGCUCAAUGUUUGUCAAACUUACUUUCUUGGCUAUGGCCUGCUUGGUUUUGGGCACUCCCUUAGUCAAUGGAGCCGUAUACUGUGGUCAGAUACAACUCACUAUAGCACCAUGCCUUGGGUACCUUAGGAACCCAAGUCCAGCUGUCCCUGCUCCAUGUUGUAAUGGGGUUAGAAGUAUUAAUAACCAAGCUAAAACUAUCCCUGAUCGUCAAGGUGCUUGUAGGUGCCUCAAAGCCACUGCCACCAACCUCCCUGGACUCAACCUUCCAGCCCUUGCUGCCCUUCCAGCCAAGUGUGGUGUCAACUUGCCCUACAAAGUUAGUCCCUCCAUUGACUGCAACACAGUGAAGAACUGAGCAGCUUGGAGGCAUUGCGUUUGAUGAAUAACAUAUAUUGGUUUGUGAUAAUAACCAAGAAGGAAUAAAGAUAUCUUAGCUUAUCUUGUUGCAAUAUCCCUUCUAGGGAUAGCUAUAUUUACUAUGUAUUUCUAUGAUAAUAAAAAAUAAAAUCUGUAUACGAUUUUAUUGGUACUAGAUAUCCAAAAACUUAUAAUGAAUUGGGAGUUAUUUUACAA